AUGGGGGUGCAGGGCUUCCAGGAGUUCAUCGAGAAGCACUGCGCCAGCGCCGUGGUGCCGGUGGAGCUGCAGAAGUUGGCCCGCGGCGGCCUGGUGGGCGGAGGCCGCAACCGGGCCCCGCAGAGCCCGCUCCGGCUGCUGGUGGACGCCGAGAACUGCCUGCACCGGCUGUACGGCGGCUUCUACAACGACUGGGUGAGCGGCGGCCAGUGGAACCACAUGCUGAGCUACCUGGCCUCGCUGUCCAAGGCCUGCUUCGGCGGCAACAUCGAGCUGGUGGUGCUGUUCAACGGGGCCCUGGAGAAGGGCCGCCUGCACGAGUGGGUCAAGCGCCAGACCAACGAGCGCCAGACGUCGCAGCAGAUCGUCAGCCACGUCCAGAACAAAGGCACCCCCCCGCCCAAGGUCUGGUUCCUGCCGCCCGUCUGCAUGAGCCACUGCAUCCGCCUGGCGCUGCUCCGCUUCCGAGUCAAGGUGGCACAGAGCAUUGAGGACCAUCACCAGGAAGUGAUUGCCUUUUGCAGAGAGAAUGGGUUCCACGGUCUGGUUGCUUAUGACUCAGAUUACGCACUGUGUAACAUCCAGUACUAUUUCAGCGCCCAUGCCCUUAAACUGAGCCGCAAUGGCAAAAGCCUCACUACCAGCCAAUACCUGAUGCACGAAGUUGCCAAGCAACUAGACCUGAAUCCCAGUCGGUUUGUUAUCUUCGCUGCACUCUUAGGCAACCAUAUACUACCUGAUGAAGAUCUGGCGGCCUUUCACUGGAGUUUACUUGGUCCAGAUCAUCCUCUAGCCUCACUAAAGGUACGCGCACACCAGCUUGUCCUGCCUCCCUGUGAUGUGGUUAUAAAAGCGGUCGCAGAAUAUGUUCGUAACAUUAAGGAAAUUGGUGAUUUGGAUGCUGUGGCGAAAGAUGUUUUUAAACAAUCCCAGUCUAGGACAGAACAUAAAAUUGAACGAUUCAAGAGGGCAGUUGAAUAUUACUCCAUUGCUAGCAAACCUCCAUUAUUUCAGCAUGGUCCCGCUCCUUUCCCAGGAAUGAGGCCGAAUCCGUUUGGAGUGCCUGGUCUUGUGCCGCCGUUUCCACAUCCCCAGAUGCUUAACAUUCCACAAACCCAUCUUCAGGCUAAGCCUACGAUCCCUGGCCAGGCUGCCAAUUCAGGACAGACUACUUCAGACAUGUACACACCCAGCAAAGAUCCACCUUCAUCCUUAGGUACAUACCAGCCUGCCCUGUCUGACCCCAGCCUUGCCCUGGAAUCCAAUAACAGUUACAGCAACAUUCCUCACGAAGGGAAGCACACGCCGCUGUAUGAACGCUCCUCACCAAACAUCCCCGCAGCUACGACCGGCAGUCCUAACAAUUGCAGCACGGAGCCUCCGUUCUUCCCCACCUCCUCAACAUCUUCCUCGUCUGACAACGAGGAAAACAGCAGCGGGACUGUUAACCAUGUCAGUGAGCAGCCACAUCAGGUCGGACCUAAGCCAGCUUGGGAGAAGCCUGGAAAUCUGUCAGAAACUGUGGAAAACGCCACUGGAGGAGCCCAGAAAUCCGGUGCCUGUAUUCGCAAUGAAACAAAGGUGGAGGUUCCCCCCAGCACUCCAGGAAACCAACCAGAUCCCCAAAACUCCCCUGCUCCGGCUGAGAGCAGAGUGAACCCAAUCAAUAGUGUGCAGAUCCCAUCUCUACUGUCGAUGCCUACAAGGAACCACAUGGAUAUCACUGUCCCACCUGUGCCAAUGGUAGCUCCAGAAGUCCUGAGAGUUGCUGAGCACCGACACAGGAAGGGGUUAAUGUACCCUUACGUCUAUCAGGUUAUUACAAAGGGUGAGAUUAAGAUUUCCGUUAGCAUCGAAGAUGAAGCCAAUAAAGAUUUACCUCCCGCUGCUUUGCUAUACAGACCAUUACGCCAGUGUGUGUAUGGCGUCCUCUUUAGCCUGGCUGAGGCCAGGAAAAAGGCAGAAAGGCUUGCACUAAGAAAAAAUAGACCCCUGCUCGAACUUCCACCAGUUUUAGUUAAGGAGUGGGCUGCUUACAAGGGAAAAUCUCCUCAGACUCCUGAACUGGUAGAAGCACUUGCCUUUAGAGAGUGGACUUGCCCCAACUUAAAAAAGUUGUGGCUGGGAAAAGCGGUGGAGGAUAAAAACAGGAGGAUGAGGGCAUUUCUGGCCUGUGUGAGGUCCGACACGCCAGCCAUGCUUAACCCCUCUAAUGUCCCAACACAUCUUCUGGUGCUUUGCUGUGUAUUACGCUACAUGUUGCAGUGGCCAGGUGUGAGGAUUCUGCGUCGCCAUGAACUCGAUGCAUUCCUUGCACAGGCUUUAUCUCCUAAACUGUAUGAACCAGAUCAGCUGCAAGAGCUUAAGAUUGAUAGCUUGGAUCCACGGGGUAUCCAGCUUGCAGCUCUGUUUAUGAGUGGGGUUGAUAUGGCACUUUUUGCAAAUGAUGCUUGCGGGCAGCCAAUUCCAUGGGAACACUGCUGUCCGUGGAUGUACUUUGAUGGCAAACUUUUCCAAAGUAAGCUUAUAAAAGUGAGCCGGGAAAAGGUACCCUUGAUUGACCUCUGCGAUGGUCAGGCUGAACAAGCUGCCAAACUUGAGAAGAUGCGUCAAAGUAUCCUGGAAGGGUUAAAUUUUUCCAGGCAUAUCCACCCUCUCGCUUAUCCUCCUCCGGCCAUGCAUUUCUACCCAGCUGCGAUUUACCCACGGCCUAUUGGACACAUGCCAUUGCACCACGGCAGGGGAAGAGGUUUAGGUGGUGUCCAGCCGAUCCCUCCUCAGGGUGGGAAGCUGGAGAUUGCGGGGACGGUGGUCGGCCAGUGGGCAGGAAGUAAGCGUGGGCGUGGACGGGCGGCUUUCCCUCUGCAGGUCGUUUCUGUUGGCGGGCCAGCGAGAGGGCGUGCACGAGGAAUUAUCUCCAGCCCAGCAGCUAGUCGUUUCAGCAGAGGAGCCAAGUACUACACUAAAAGUUCUGCUGUCUGGAAUGUCCGAAGUCCAGGAGUGACUCAGAGUCAACCAGCUUAUGCUGCCUCAGCAGAAGAAAUUGCUCAAGAGCUGAAGGGCUCUGGGGAUUCGGGAAACCCUGCUUCAGAGGAACAGGAGCAAUCGGGGGUCGUGGCGGCAGAGACUACAGAUAGCUCCCCCGCUGAGAAUGGAGUUUCAGACGAAAGCAAACCUACUUCCCAACUAAAUGGGAACAAGGGAGACGUCAGGGCUUCCAAUCAAACUGAAAGUGCCUUGAGUAAUGACUCUAAAAUGUGCAAUACAAAUCCUCACUUAAAUGCACUAAGUACAGACGGCAGUUGCAAUAGAGAUGAAAGUCUUGGCACUGCCGCCUUGAAAAAGGAAGAGUAAUGUUUUAUUGUUUUUUUCUGCUGAGGGGGUGAAGGAUGUUUGGAAGGUUCCACAAUGGGAGUAUUUGGAAAAGAAGGCCUACAGUUGCAUACAAUAUUUUCUUCUCCGUAAGAGAAAUGAGGACAUUGGAAUUUUGGAUCCCUCUGAUGUCAGCUGUGUAACACGCAGUCUUUACUAGCCAGUUUGCAGUUGAAUGCUAUCAAAUGGAAUGAAGAGCAUUUGACUCCCACACUUGAAAUGGUAUUACAAGACAUUCAAAACUGGUUACGACAAUUUACAUUUUCUUUUUCAGACGGUAAAGCAAAUACGGCUUUAAUUUGGCAGUCUUUAAUAUUUAGGUUAAAGUACAGUACUUGGCAUCAUAACUUUGCCAUCUUAAUUGAUUUUAUGUGUUAUUGUGUCAGUUGCUUAUUUUAAGACUUAAAUUUCACAUGAAGCCUGGAAAAGGGCUCAGAACCACAAAACAAAAUCUUACUUCAGUGUCAUGAGUUUUGAUGUGGUUAAUCGUCAACACAUGAUUUAGAACAAGCAAACAAACAGACAAGAGAAUUCAACUCAAUGUUAAGUUACAAGAGUAAUAUCGCAGCUUCAGUUUUGGCAAUCUUAAGAAAAGCAUAUAUGUGCAAGAAGCAAAUUACAUGUCAAGAGACAACUGAAAAUAUUCAUUGAAGAUGCAGAUGACCUUUACAAAUAGUUAAACAUCACCAUAUAAUUGAUACGUUUUGUGAAUGUGACGGCUCCUUACCAUGCAUCCGUGAUCAAUGAAAUCAGUGGUUUUUGAAUCAGACGUAGACAUUAGUACUACUACUUCGGCUAAACUUCUGCAUGGUUCAUAAUUUUUGAAGUGUGUAGUUAAUAUUAUGCAUGUUAUCGUCCUCUUUCUUCCACCCUACAAGUACUGUGCCCAUCUGCAAAUUUUAAAAACAGUUAGUCAUAGUCCUAUAAAAAGGUGUUAAAAAAAAAUGUUUAGUCAUUAACUGAUCUUGCUCUAACCUUAAAUUUUGUGGUUAUUGACCUCUGUUGCAUUUAUUCUAAAACCUACAAAAAAUUAUCUAGCCACUCUGAAUGAUUAAUGUUAACCCUGAUGUACUCAUCGCGACUGUAUUCAUAUUGUUCUCUGUUGCUGUUUUAUGCAUUCGUAUUAGCAAAAGUGAUCUUUCUGCGAAAUUUUUUGAAAAGCUUCAAUCUUCAAAAAAACGGAAAUUUCCCCCCCCCCUUACUGUAGCAGACAAAUCAGCAAAUUGCUUGUCUUUUUACAAAAAAAAACUUUCCCACCAAAAGUUUAGCACAAGCAAGUAAGUAUACCUGUACCUUUUUGCUGUUUUUGUUAGUGUUUCAACCCUGAUGUACUUCAAAUCGAAACCCUUACUUUAUCAUUAUUUCAUAUAAUGUUCCUGAUGCUCUUCAUCACACAUUAGUGAACAGAAAUAAGAUGUAACCCCCUCCCCAACCCCCUGCCCGCAACAGCUAAAUAGUACCUUUUAUGUAAGUUGAAAGGAGUUCUACCUACAUAUGGAUUGUGCAAGAAUGAACUACUGUUGGGUUUGCUUGGUUGUUGAUGGAUUGUGGUGUGGUGUAUUGCUGGAAGGCUAUUGAAUGCAACUUACAAUGCUUAAUAAAAAUCUUUAUUCUUUUAGUAUAAA